AUGACCAACAGUUGCUCUUACAGCAGAAACAUCAACAGCAACAACAGCAACACCAACAGCUCCAGCAGCAGCAGCAGCACCAACGUCUACCGACCCAGGAAGAUCCUUAACUUUCUUCAAACCUUACUCAAGAACCAAGGUCCUUAUGGUGUCUUAAUCUGCAGUAAAAGACCAAACGAAGGCCCUACUCCUCGUUUGCACAGGUAUGCGAUUAGCAAACUAAUCUUCAACAAAUGCAAGAUUGAUCAUAUUGUGCCCAAGUCACAAAGAAAAAUUGAAGUGCUCUGCUCAAACAUCCAUGAAGCAAACAAACUCGUCACCGAUCAAGAAAUACUAAGCAAGAAUUGUGACAUCUUCAUCCCCUCACAUCGCCUUGUUCGCAAAGGAGUCAUAAGAGGAGUAGACACAGAUAUAGAAGACCAGGACAUAUCGGCUGACCUCAGAAGCUGUGUUGAAGUUGCAUCUGUCAAAAGAUUAACCAAAAGAAAUCGUGCUUAUUCAUUUGAUGAGUCUCAACCCAAAAGGAUCCCCACUACCUCAAUUAGUAUCACAUUCGUAGGUCAAGAUCUUCCUAGGUUCGCAUACCUUUAUGGAAUCUCACACGACGUUCAUCCAUAUUUUGCCUCUCCCAGAAUCUGUUUCUCAUGCUACAAACCAGGACACACAUCCACCUAUUGUAAAUCUGAGGCAUUGUGCAGAAAGUGUGGUGACAAAAGACACGAUGGAACCUGUGCAAGUGAGAAACUCAAAUGCCCAGCAUGCCAAGGUGAACAUGCAGCUCUGGACAAAAUGUGUCCAAUCAUGAUUAGGGAAAAACGUGUACAGUACAUCAUUGCCACAGAGAACAAGUCCUUUGACGAAGCCAGAAAGAUUGCUUCAGGAGACUUCGUCCCACAAGUUCCACACGCCACAAAAGAGUCGUUUCCACGCAUAUCACAGCAUAAUAGCUUUCACAGCGUCAAUAGGUGGCGGCCGCUCAGUGACCUUUAUCAAGACUCGGAUCAGGUCCAAUCUACAUAUUCCGAAGUUGUUGGCCAGAACAAAACACGUUCUCCCCCGCCUGCACGCGUCGAAAGAAGAUCUUUUACCCAACCGGCCAAGAUCCAUUCACAAGAAUCUACUAAGCCCAAAGAACUUCGAAGGGACUGGUUUAAAUACCAGAAGAAAAACUGCCCCUACUUGUCAGGAAACGAGCAUUCAAGCUAUCAACCUCGCUUCUCCAGUCUUCCAGUUAAAAAUACAAAAAGAACUGUAGAGGGCUCUAUUUUCUGUCUGCCCAGUCAUCAAAUUCAGCGACCCCAAGCCACCGGAGUAGAGGAGAUUCCUUCCAGCAGUCGACGCCUAGAAGUUCCUUGA